CCUCUGGGGGGUGAGGAGGAGGAGGGGGUUAGUGUCUGUCUGCGUUAGGGAUUUCACUGCCAGACGUGGAGGAACAGAGGGCGAAGGGAAGGAAAGACUGCAGCCAAAGAUGAGCUAGUAUGAGACGGAUUAUCGACCUAUGGUCAUUCAUUUGUGCUUGAGAAGCACUAUUAAUCGAAGACAAAAUUCAUCGUUAGUCUGAACGCUGAAGGUGUAAUGGGAGCAGUGCAACGGUUUUGGAGAAAAGAAGGACACCGUGAAAGGAACGCAAUGCACGUAUACAGAUACGAGUAAAGACAAGGACAUUUCUCUUCUUAUCUGUGUGUGGGCGGCGGGAUCGCAUGUGCAAGAUAAACGCGCAGACGGGGUUGUGUGCAGUGUUCGCCGUAUUCUGGGGUGCGCGCGCAGUAAACGGACACGCGCAAACCUCGACAACUUGGAGAUAUGGGAGACCGUGAGUGACGGCUCCUUGCUUGCAUAUGUGCGUGACUAAGACAGACAGACACAGAGAGAGAGAGAGAGAGAGGGUGGAAAGGAGGAGUGACUGUGACAUUGUGCGUGAGAAAAAGAGGGCGAGCGAGAGUCUGCCGGGAGUGCGCAACGGCGACAGAGUUGAAUCAGUAGAGAGGACACGCCGCGAGUGAGAUGCCAGGAGACAUCAGCCGCCACAACAACGCAGCACGAGUGUGCAGUGCAAAGGAACACUAACCCGGUAUUGGAUCGCUCCUAUCCGGAACGAACGAGCGCGAAUACUUGGACGUAUAACCGGUACCACGAGACCUCUUCUCAUUUGAAGGCUGAUUAUUCCCUUGCUGACGUUAUUCACGAGUUCUUCCGAGCAAAGGCACCAUCUGGCUUGAAUGAGACAAGGUCAGGGGCUGUUGACAGUGGCGUUUACAUUGGAGCUGCCGGGAAAUACGUGGAUCUGAAGCUAAUUUGGGAUACGAUGCAUAUCUGAAGACGGUCUGACACCAGAUAAAUGUGAAUUUCCACCGUUCAAAUAUGUAAUGGUCACAAGUCAAUAUUUUUCAGCCCUUACACGUUCCAGUUUUCUAUAUAUACUUUAAGUAAAGGAUGAUGAGCUCUCAACCAUCCUUGAAAGGGACGUAUAACAGCAAAGUUCAUUCUACAGAGGAUAUGAACAAAUCUGCCAAAGACAGGCUUGAGGAAGGACCAAUUAAAAAAAGGCCACUGCUACACCUGAAUAACCGAACUGUUGAUGGGACUUCAAAAAGCAUAAAGGUCAAACAAGAAAACAUGUAUGAAUCAUCACCUGCUGAAUUCAGUGACUUGGAAAAACAGAGAAAACAGAACACUGCACCAGUGGGGAAGGCCCUGGACAUAACUCCUGGCCUAAAACACACUUUGGCUCAAUUUCAUCUUAGUAGUCAGAGUUCUCUUGGUGGACCUGCUGCUUUUUCAGCUCGAAACAACCAAGAAUGUAUGUCUCCCAGCAUCUACCUGUCCCAUUCAUCACCUACGGUCCAAUCGGGCCCUCUGCUUAUUCCUCCAGACAGCUCAACUGAACUGACUUACUCUCUUCUGGAAGGAGAGUACAUCUCAUGUUUCAUGGUGGGUGGCGAGAAAAGACUCUGCUUGCCCCAAGUCCUUAAUUCAGUUCUGCGUGAUUUUUCUCUUCAGCAGAUUAACACAGUUUGUGAUGAAUUGUACAUUUAUUGCUCAAGAUGUAAUGCUGAUCAGCUUCAUAUUUUGAAAGUACUGGGUAUUUUGCCAAUCAAUGCACCAUCCUGUGGGUUGAUUACACUGACAGAUGCUCAAAGACUUUGCAAUGCUUUGCUGCGUCCAGGCUUUACCCUACAGAAUGCCAGUAAAAUAGCAGGAGAGGGUGUUUUGGCUCAUCACAAAGACACAGAAUCAACAUUUGAGGUAGAGCAUGAGUGUCUUGGCAGAUGCCAAGGCUUCUUUUUUAUACAAAUAUACACACAGCCUGAAGCGGCAUGCAUACAGUGUGCAGAAUGCCAGAUGAUGUUUUCACCCCAGAAAUUUGUAAUGCAUUCCCACAAAUCCCCAGACAAGAGAACCUGCCACUGGGGUUUUGAAUCUGUAAAGUGGCGUUGUUACCUUCAGCUUGCCAAAAAGUAUUAUGGGACUCCAAAGGAGAGAUGGCUUAAACAACUGCUUGAUGAAAUCAAGGAGAAGUUCAGCAUUCAACAGAAAGAGCAGUUCGAAAAGGAGGACAGUUUUGAAAAUUUUCAACUGAAACGGUCACGAUAUGAGGCGUUUCUUCCGCAGGAAAAGCUUCCUGAGAGCGAACCUAUGAAAAAGAAAUUAUGCCUGGAGCAAUGCUUUCUUGAUGUCAAGCAGGACCCAGCUUCGGUGUCUCUUGGUAAUUCAAGCUGUUAUCUUUACAUGUGUGAUAAAAUUGUGGCCCCGAAUGUCUCACUUACUUCAUUAUUGCCAUCCAGUCAAGAGUCAACUAAGCUGCAUGGGGACAACAUUGAGGAGACUAAAGGACAUCCACUAGAAAAUCUAGUAAAACAUCAUUCUAGUGAUACACAAAAUGAAACUUCUUUCUUCUCAGAGUGCUUAGAGAAUCAAGCAGACAAUGGUGAAUCUGUGACAGAGUCAGCUGGCUGGCCUGAGCACCACACUACAAGCUGUUCUGCAGACCAAGUGAAAUCUGAACAUGGAAGCAAGCAUGGCCCCAUAGCUGUUGCUAUGGAAACAGACCGGAGUGAGAACGCCUACUUGCCUUUCAUUAAAGACAUCACUGUGGAGGAUGACAAGGACAAAAUCGUGGUGGAAAUUCUGCAGAUGUACACCAAACAGCAGGAGCGGCUCAGUGCAACUCUUCAAAGGAAAAUGGAAUUGCAAAUGGAUCUGGAUAUUUUGCGUAAUGCUCGAACGACAGUGUUGACGGAGUUAUCUGUGGAAAACAGUGAGCUGCAGAAGGAGCUGGAUUCUAUUCAAAAGGAACAUGCACGCCAGAUGGAGGAGGUCAGAGAAGAACAGCGGGAGCUGGAACGUCGGCUAGAGCAGCUUAGGCGUCAGAGCUGUUCUUGUUUCUCAUUCAGAGACAGAGGCCGUGAAAAGGAGUAUGCAGCACAGAUUGCAGACCUCAAGAAGAGACUGGAUCACACAGAAGCUGAACGAGAGGAGCUACAAGAAGAGCUGCAGCGGGAAAGAAAGGCAAGGGAAAUGCUGGAAAGGAUGAUCACAGAAUUAAAGCAGCAAGUCUGUUGCUCAGCCACUGACAAACAAAGCGAUGCAAAAGUGACUUCCAUGAAAUUGACUGACAGUGCAGGAGAAUCAAAGUAGAAACUCAAACAUACAAACAAACCUCAUCAUCUUUAGGAAAAUAAGACUAAUGAAAAAAAAUUCAAGGAUAUUAAUUCAAAAGUGAAAGGUCAUUUCCUGUAUGAAAUCUGAAUUUUGUUUUUCAAACUUUUUUUUUUUGUUUUUGCCUUUUAAAAGGUUGAUUAUUUCUGUAUUUUGUGUUUUCUGCUAUUUUGAGGAACAGUGUGCAGCUAACACAACAGCACGGACAUUACACUAUGGUCCUCAUCUAGCCAAAAAGUUCAAAGUUACUGGAUUCUUUUCAAGUUUGUGAAGAAGUGUAGUAUGGAGGAUUAUGAUUGGCUCUUGUCUGGUGAACAAAGUUAAAGGUACAAUUGACAAAUUAUAUAUAUAUAAGGCUGUUAUGAAAGGAAGGAUGGAAACACAUUGUGCAGAUAUUCCAUUUUUACUACCUGAAAUGUUGGUGCGGUUGAGUGAGUGAAUGGUUGUGAUCAGUCCUUUUUCAAAGGACCCUGUAAAUACCAUAGAGGCUGUUACUAAAUCUCAUUAAUUGCUAAGAAAGCACACCAGGUUUUAUUUUAUAUAAGUUUACAGUUUGUGCUCUAGCACUCCUCCUCAUACCUUCUAUAGUUUUUUUUCAAGCAAGAACAAGAAUAACACUUGAAGGCUUUGUGAAAUAACUCAAUUUAUUUUUGUAUAGUGCUUUUGAUUAAGUACAGGCUCGGAGCGAAUUUUAGAUAUUUACAAUGAUAUUGUAUUAGCAGUAAAUUACAAACCAUACAACAUUUACAAACAUAAAUACACUAUAAAACAUAGCAAAUUCAGCAUGAACAUAUAUUUUAUAAAGUCUAUUAACAUUAUUAUAGGGAGAUGCAUUAUAAAGCCUUGGGGUUAUCUUUACCAGCCAUUUCCAAAUCACAUUACAACCUUCCAAUUUGUUUCUUUCAGUCAAGUAUUAACUUGAUACCGGACUUUGAAAACACAUUUUACUGUCCUACAGCACAUAAAGUUUCUGUAACUUUUCCUGGAGCAUAGCUUCUUAUAUUACACUUGUGUUAGUGUAACAUUAUGAAGAUUUAUGAUAUGCCCAUUUGUCAUGUAUGGUUCCACUCAAAACAUUAAUGGUUUUAGGCAACCAAAUUGAGCUUUUUCAAAGUUUUGCAGCAGUAGUUUUUCAGUUCUCUGUAUGGCUACAGAUUUUUAUUCCAUCCAAUUUCACAAAUAAGUGACUUGUGCUUACUUUGAAUUUUUCACCAUUUGUAUUUACCUGGCCAACAGGUAUUUUUAAGAAGUUCAUAAAUAUUGGCAAUUGUUUCCAUAGCUUUAAAGUUAUAUGUUUCAUUCAUUUAUCUUUUUUCUGUAGAUCUUGCUCCUAUAAGUGUAUCUUAAUGCAGAUGAUUAGCAAAGGGCAGUGCAGACACAGUUCCAAAGAAUGUUGGAGGCAAAACAUUUCUUAAAAGUGAGCAGCUAAGCAAAUAUGGCACUGAAGUACUUGCUCCUCUUUAGCAUUCAGUGUUGUCAGCAUUUAGAUACAAGUACUUGAGCAAACUCUAUAGCAAAGAGUGACUUUAAAAAUGUUUUUGAAAAAAAAUAGAUAUUUCAGAAUUUCUUUGGUAUGACAAUAAACAAAGGGCAGCCCGGUAAAAAAUGGCAUCAAUUAAAAGUAAAAAUGACGCACUAGUUGGAGGAAAAAACUGAAAACCUGUGGCUACAGGGUGCCCCAGGACUGAACUUGGAAGCCACUGGUUUAGACGAUUCAUAACAAAUGCAUCCAGUCACUUUGCAGUUCUGCAUUAACUUUGUGCUCAAUAGGAAAACUUGGUGUUAUGGUCCUGACAUUCUCUCUUCUCCUGUGCUUAUUAUGAAUUGGCCAUUGGUGGUUUAUCUUUACCUACCAUUUGCUUAAAGUACUGCAUCACACUGUUUGCUAGUUGUUAAAUUAUUUUGUAGUGACUCACAUUAACUUUUUUGGUUAUUUGUAAAAACUGGUCAACAGACCUUUUCAGUGUAAACUACUGUAUGUAAGCUCCUUCCAAGCUGCACUGCACAGUUGCUUAGUUAUCUUUUGCAGUGGAAGCAUUAGCAAGUUAUAGGAUUUGGUUAGUGAGUUAAUGGCGAGGGAUUAAACCCAAGAGCCGUCUGUCUGCUUUGGAAUCUCUCUCCUUAUCUGCUAGGUCACACUCUCUGACAGAAGGUCUUUAGAUCACAGUUAGACGUGGGAUUUGAAAUCCUAAGCUUCAGGCUGCUGACACACUUUUUAAACGUGAACAUGUCUCUUAACCUGUGCCAGGAUUGCACAAAUGCGAUACUUGCAAUGCACUGCUAUGCAGGUAAAGCUGUUUUCUUCAGUAGAUAUAUAAAGGUUAGCCAAACCUUGGUUGUUUAAUUGUUUGAUGUUUUCCUUCCCAAACUAAGAGAAAUAAGUAGAAUUGGCACUUUAAACCAGAAGGACAGGCAGUUGGAAAUUCAUUUGGUCCUGUAAAACAAACCUUGUUGAUGACCAUCAUUAUAUUACACAUUACAUUUCUAUGCUGUACUUCUUCGCCAAUCACUUAGGACUCGCCUCUCAAAGCAGACAGCCUUGCAGGUGCAGUAAUAAGGCCUUAUUCCUUUCUGCCAAACUGAAACACAGAAAGCCAUCUCUGGAAACGUAAAAGCAUAUUGCAUAGAUUAUGUUUGGUUUUUUAAUAUGUUCCUCCUCGUCUUUUGUGAAGCAUGAAACUGGCGCUCUGCAGUUCUUUUCAGUAUGUGCUUUGUUAACAUGAGGCUGAGUUUUUGAAUGAAGGGUGGAAGGGAGAGGUUUGAGGACACUAAGAAUCAACAAAUAGUGAAAGAAACAUUGCUAGAUGGCCAGUGAGACCACCUCAUCUGUCGGACUUUGACAUUCUCACAACUAAUCCUGUUUGAAUUCCUUCUUUGAAUGCUGUAUACUAGUGCAUCUCUUAUAAUCUUGAACAUAGCAUUAGGCAACCACUCCUUCAAAGUAAAAUAAGUACCUGGCUAAAUAAAUAAUUAUGGUCUUUUCCACUAUCGGCUUUCAUUUUUAUAUUUCAGCUUUGACAAGGUGAUACCUGCAGACUUAAUGAACAUAACCUUUAGCCAAUUUAGGAGACGAUUAACAUUACUUUGUAGAUACCAAAUUGGUUAUAUGAAAAUUAUUUGUGCCAAUCUAUUCAAAAGCUUAAAUUAAUGCACAGUAUAUGCUAGUUAAGAUUAUGAUUUUAAAGCCACCAUCUAUUAAAAGAAUAUUGUGCAAAGUGAGAAACGUGUUUUCAAUUUGCAUAGCCAAAGGUUUUUAUAAAAUGCUAAUGUCAGGUGGACGUUUAUUUAUUUAAUUUUAAUUAAUGUAUGCAUAAUCCUGAACGGUUCCUCAGCCAUGGCAAAUGUGGAUCUCAGAAAGCCCCAGAAGAAUUCCAGAAAGAAUUGUAGACUUUGUUGCACAACAGCCAAACUCUCAUUUUUCAUUUUUAUCUCAUGCAAGGAAAACGACAGGUCCAAAGGCGAUUCCAGCAUCAGGCAGCUGUGCAUUUUCUGUCCAUUUUUAGGUUUCUUCCAUUUUCCUCACUUCACUUUCACACUUGAUCUAUUUUUAAUUUGUUGUUUGUACCAUUUUUAACAGUUUUGCUGCAAUAAAUAUCUUUCGGUUUUUAGUUAGUGUUAUGUUAUUGAAUCCAGUGUUUAAUUUCUGAAGGGUGUGAGAUGGUUUUUAAUCUUGAAAGUGUGCUAGUUACUUUUUUUGUUCCUUAUUAUUCUUCAAGGAAAGUUUUGUGCACUCUAGGAGUGUGAGGACAAUAGAAAAGCAUUUGGUCAAUCAAAGAGCAAGUAAUUUGGCUUCUUCAUGAUGUAAUUAUUUUGUGUUGUUAGUGAAUUCAAAAAUGUCCAAGUUUAGUCAGCGUUUUACCCAAAACACUAAAGACAGAGCUACUUGAGGUACUUUUAGAAUUUGCGUGUGUUUUCCCUCAAAGCACCCCCCCUGGUAAACAUUAUUUAGGAAUUUUAAACCAUAUUUGAUGCAUAUUUAUAUUAGUACAUUAGCAGCAGCCUCAUCGAAAUACUGGGACUGGAGAUGUGAAGCUGAGCUCACGUUAAACUGGCUGUAGAUAAGGUGUGAAAACAGCAGAGGAUGCUGUCAAGCUGUCAUCCUCUCACUUUGAAGACUUCAGGCCUGAGACAAUGAAAUGCUCCAUACCAUUUGGUGACUCUCUUAUAUCUUUCUUUCCAAACAUUUCAGAUUUUAUUCAGUUAUCAGACGCAAUUAUGGAUAAAUGUAUGUAACCAACAGGAGAGCGUACUGCCAUAACACUCUCAUAGUUUGGUUUAUAUUCAAAUUAUAUACCAAACUAAAAUAAGCCAUUGCCUUUCCAGCACUUAAAAUGUCAUACAUUUUUUCCCCACAAUUAAUAUGGCAUUAUCUUAGCAAAUGCUGCACUUGUGUGUGUGAGUGUGUGUUUGUGUGUGUGUGUGUGUGAGUGCGUGUGUGUUUAUAUGUGUAUAUACACUUGUCUGUGCAUUGGUAAAUAAAGCAAUGACCUGCUAUAGCGGUUUUUAAAUGGAACUAUGUGACAGAUUGUAACAGAAAUAAGUGAAUGCAAAAAUGUCAUUAUUAUUAUUAUUAUUAUUAUGAUUAUUAUUUAUUGAUACCUUCUGUAAAAGAAAAAAAAUGCAAAAGUUAUUUUUUUUAAAACCAGUUCUAAUGUGAAUGACAGUGAUAAGCAGUGUUAUGCCUUGCCUGGUAAUGAAUUACCUCCGAACAGUCCUGAGUCUGCGGGUUGACAGUUUCUGUAUGCAAGUUACUUGCUGUGGACACUAGAGGGUGCUGUAAAUCUACCUUCUUAGCUUUAGUUCUACGAGAUGUUGCUGUCCUCUGACUUGUAAGAGUCAGUCCAUUGAACAAAACACACACAGAGAGUGAGAGGGGGAGAGCCAGGGCAACGAGGGGGCUGCGGCGGGCCAUCAUUGACCUGUACAGACAUUACUGGAUGAUGUGAAGCUCAUGUGGAUGUUACUGUUCAAUUGCUCCAAGCUUUCCUGUAUUGCAAAGUGUGGAUUUUUGCCCUUAACAACGUAUGAAUGUAAAAAAGUUUUAUAUUAAAAAAUAACACACUGUUAAAACAAAGAGCAUUUUUAUCAUUAUUAUUUUUUAUGAAUGCAGUUAUUCCUAACAAUGUAUGGCUGCUCAUUUUAUUUUCACUUGCCAUAUUGACAUAGUUUUUAUUUGGGUAUAUUUAAAAAUAUUUUUCUUUUGAAAAAUAAUUUGAUUUAUUGUAGUCACAUUAGCAGUUCACUUGCUGAUGAUUAAAACCGAAUACAUUUGACAGUUUAAGACUAAAUCCUGGCUAUAUAGGUGUGUGUGUGUGUAGCAUAUACAUAUACUGUGUAUAUAUUCACAUACACAUAACCCUGGUGAUGAAUGACAUAUUAUAUAGGUUUGUAUUUAUAAUAUAAAUAAAAAUCAGACCUGUAGUUCAAACUCAUGGGGCCAAUAUACAGCAGUUUUAUACCCAUUUUUAAAAGACCACCAUCUACUGAACUUUCUAAAAGCACUCAUUCAUUCUUUGAUACUCUAAAUACAACAAAUUCCUUUGUGAAUCUGCUUACUCAAUACAUGGAUGGUUGGAGUAAUUCAAAAUAGAGACUAACAUUGGAAAAAUCAAAAGUUGGCUUGAUUUGCUCUGUAUUGCUAUGGCUUUGUAAAUGCAAACCCCUUUUUUGUAUUUGCUGUUUCAAUUCCAAGCAGUGUGUGUAAAUGAUCCUCGCCUACAAUUCUAGUACUGUAUGUUGCCAAUUCCGUACAGUGUGAUUUAAAAAAAAAAAAAAAAAAAAAAAUCCUGCAUUGCAUGACAUAACACUGUCCUCUACCUCAUGUUGUGAUAAAAAAAAAUAUUUUAUAAGUAAAGUACACUGCAUCUCUGUCCAUUUAGGUGAUAUUUAAUAGAAAAAAUAACAUGCUUUUAACUUUUACCUCAAUUGUAUGUUGAGAGUGUGUGAGCAAAUUUGCUUUUUUUUCCCUCCCCAACUUAUGAUGUAUUGCAAAUUAGGUGACAGAAAAUGACCUUGGAUGACAUUUCAGUAAAGUUCUUUUAGUGACAGGUUAA